ACCCCUGAUUUGCGCGAGGGGGAUGAAGGUUGGUGUGGACCCUACGAGAGGGCCAGCUCCUCAAAAAGGAGAAAAGCUGCUGGUAAUUCGCGGUGGCAAACUAAGGCCGUCCGCUCCUUCCCUCUAACAUGACCAUGAUCGUCACGAGCUCCCCAUCACAAGAGCCCGCCAGACCCAAGCUGUCGGACAGCGCAGCGAGCAAUGCCACCACGGCGGACCCGGCGUCCACGCCAACGACCAGCCCAAACAAGCCGUACCAGUCGCACCUCGGCCCCUUCGUCCCCCUCACGACCUCGACCACCUCCAGCCCUUCAGACUCGUCCACCUUAUCUCUGGAGCAACGCUUUCCCUUCCUCCUCGAGCAGACCGGUCGCCGUCGCUCCCGUCAGCUCCUCUCUCCCUCUCAAACCAACGUCCUCCUCAACAUCCUUCGUCAAACCCGAUUCCCCUCGACUGCAGUACGCGAGGCAGCGGCCAAAGAGCUAGGCAUAAGCCCGAGGAAGGUUCAAGUCUUCUUCCAGAACAAGAGGCAAGGGUUGAAGAAGCGACGAAGACUCGAAGCUGCUUUGGGGUUAGGGGAAUUGGCGAGAGGUGGUAUUUCGAUGGAUGAAGGGCCUGAGAGGACAGAGGUGGGCGGGCAGCCUCAGAAGAGACAAAGAGCGAUGACUCUCGCAAGCACCUCGGUGUCGCCUGCAGACUCGCCGGAGAAAAGGGCAGCUCAGCCCCUCCCUGCCAUGAUGAGGAGCAACGCUACUCACGACGCCAACUGGCUGUUCGACCGCCAAGCUCGUCAGUCUGCAGAUGAGAUGAUCGAAGAAGGAGACGAGAGUAUGGAUCUUGACGAAGAUGAAGAGGAGGGCACAUCGACGGACAAAGAGUCAUCGGGCAGUAAGGACGAUGCCGAAGCCGAGAUAGAGGAGCCGCCUACACCUCGAGCUGUCACCCGACCCGCCGGUACUGCUUGGCCCUCGCACCAGCGAAGGAGCAGCGAUCUGCGACCCUCUUCGCGACAUGGCCGAAUGCUCAGUCAGAGCGAUGCUCAAGGCGUUCCUUUUUCGCUCAGAGCACCACCGGUCAACAUUUCCCCUCGACGCCGUGCAACGCUCACGACGCCGACAACUCUGCAACCUCUGCCACCGGCUACGGCACUACCACCCUUCGCAGCCCCUAUUCACCCCUCUCACGUUGCCUCUGGCACAUCGUGCCUCGGCCUCUCGCAGAUGGGUUCGCAACUAGCUGGAACACCCAGUGUUCCGUUCACUUCCUCUACACAGAGUCAGCACAGUAACUCCUAUCUCUCUGGAGUGGUGACUCAGCGUGGCCAUCUGCGAAGCUUCUCGCUAGCCUCAGCGCCUUUGCAACCUGCUUUACCGUAUACUCAGAGCUAUGAGCUGGCCACCAUGAUGCCUCCUCGCGGUCCGCUUCACCCAGAUGUACCUGCUUCAUCCUUUGCUGCGGGGGCGACGCAGCGGCAGCGAGCUCGUGCUCAAACUAUCCACGGCCGUACGAUCCCGUCUCAGAUGACGGCAGGGUUGGCACCGCCCUUCAUCGACUGGAGAAACGGCGAUCAGUCCAUUAAUGCGAGCACACUCGACGCUUACAGUGGCUCGAGCAGUGUGGUCGACCCAACGGGGUCUUGGAGCCCCACUUCAAUAUUCGAUCGCACCACGGUGGCCACAAAUGAUGAAGCGCAGCGGCAGCAGAAGCGCAUGCUUGGCCCUUCGCCCCAAUGCAGGACAUUUACAAUGCUGCCGCAGCAGUGGACGCUCCCUACACCGACGACAACAAAGUCCACGUACGAGCGUGCCAAGGGGCCGUCGAUGUCAUCUGGGCGAAGGCUUGCACCUACGCUUGAUUUGAGCCUAGAUGUGCCGCUCACUGUCGAUCAGUGCUAUGUGGUUGGCGCGAGGAGGAGGAGAAUCAUGGUCGGUCCAACGGACGAGGGUAAUCUCACGCUGCCUCCUAUCAGUGCUCCUCUUCUCAAACAAGACGAAGCUCGCACAGAGAAGGAUGCUCACGAGAAGCCAACCCGUCCCAAUCUGAACAGGACACAGACGACACCUACGCCCCUUCCAAGCGUAUCAGAGUUGACCCGCACUCUGGGACUCGCUUGGUCGGUGCGUUCCAAUGGACGCAGUGAGGAUGACAGCGCUGGCGCUGUCGACGGGAUGGAAGCAAAGGGAGACUCGACGGGCCCAGCUGUGCGAAGUGAAAGCCUGCGCGAACCUGUAUCGGCUUGAGACUGUAAAUCACUGUCACCGACUUCCCUGUGACGAUUGGCCGGCUGUAACAUAAUAUCAUGAUUCCCCUCCCUCGGGGUUUGUCUGUCUCGAGCUGCACAGGGGCUGCCAUCGUCCAGCUGCCAGCCUACUCGGCUGCUCCUUCUGUUGGCUGAGU